AAAAACUGCCAUUUUGAACAUGAUAUAUGUGCCCUCUCUAGAUCCUAGAUUUAAUACUAAGGCCAAUUCAACUUAAUUAGUAGAUUAUCAUCCAGAGUAAAAAAGUAUGGAGCAGAUGGGAGGAUUUUAUUUUUUAAUUUUCAUUUCAGUGUUCGAAAUCAACUUUAGACCGAUAGACACAGGAUCACAACAUUACAGAAUUGGCAAAACUGUCGGCAAGGCAGUUAGUGGGGAAAAGCUCAAACUAGGACAUGGCAUUGUGGCAGCAACAGCAUCAAUACCCAGUAGAUACCAGACCAUUGUAACUGACAAUAGUGACAAAAAAGGGUUUGGAGCACAAGCAAAACGUUUUCACUCCGACUUUGCUAUGACAGAUGCACCUGGGCCAGGAAGCUAUGUGAAACACUCAGCCAUAGAAAAUAACAGUGCCUCAUAUUCUAAGAAAGGAACUGGAGGAUUUGCAUCAAAGUCAAAGAAAGGUUUGAAGUAUAUAGGAACUAGUGCCCCAGGACCGGGUGUCUAUGGUAUGCCAAGCAUGCUGAGGACCCAGAAUGAUUUCAAUCGAUCUGAAGUGGGGAGACUCUUCCAAAAACCAAUAGCACACUCAACAGAACAGGAAAAGAAAGAGAAACGACCUGCACCUAAUCAAUAUCAAGUUUUAAAAGUGCAGAUAGGAAAAAGCAAUAAUGUUUCAGCUGAUGCAGCUUUUAAGUCAAAGAGUAAACGAGAACUCAUAUCUAUCAAAGACAUAACCAGGAACCCUGCGCCAGGGCAUUAUUCAGUCAAAGACCAUCUCCAACAUGAAAGUAUCAAAGUACCAUUUUCCAGUUUUAAAUCAAGAUCAAAACGACAAAUGCAGCCCAGCCCAGCUCCCGUACCUGGUCCUGGUGCAUAUAAACCAAAUGAAGCUGUUGAGCCAGCCAAAAAACAGCUUUUCCCGAGGAAGCAUUAUCUAUGUAUAUCAGCUCCUGCCAUGCCAUUACCAGACACCCCAGCCCAACCUGGUCCAGCUAACUAUGAUGUUGUCGAUUAUGAGGGUCCUCCUAAACAUUACAUGUCCAGUUCUGCAUUUGUUUCCACAACCAGUCGAUGGACAGGAAAUGUAUCUGUUGGAGAAUUACCUGGUCCAGCUCAUUAUCGUCCUGUGGGAUCUGGUAAACAGUCAUUUAUUUACAAUGCUGCAGGGAAGUGGAUAUAGCUCAUGAGUCUUUUGAAGCAUGAGUGAAUGUGACUGAUCGACAGUAUUAAAAAACUAGUUUGAAUAAAACAAUACAACAGUUUGAAUAUACAAAGAAAUUGAAACUUUACACAGAUUGACAUAUUGAGAAUUUGGUAAUCAUUUGAAUUUGGGAUUUUAAUUUCAUGAUUGUCAGAAUGAGAGGUAAAAUAUACAUCAGUGUCAGUGGGAAAAGGGCUAGAAGACUGUGUUUCAUAUAGAAUUCUGGGAAUGAUGGGUAAUUUGCAUGCUGUCAGAUCCAGGAUUGAUGUCGUUCAGUAAGCUUGUCUGGAUUUACAGUCACUCGCAUCCACUUCUGGAGGAAUUAGUCAGUUUUGUGGAAACAGACACUCUAAGUGCAAAGAUCUAUUACACCCCUUCAUUCUGAAUUCAGAGAAUCAGAGGUGGUGUAGAUUUUCCAUUACAGGUAUUGAUUUUUGGAAUAUUUAAGGUAUAAUAGUGUUGUUGAUUGUUUGUUUCUCAUUAUUUUGGCUGUAUACCAAUAUUUUGUUAAUAAAUAAAUGUUAAGAUAUACUAGUAUAUGUAAUUUCUUUCAAGUAACAUAUUUGGGGGAGGGAGAAGGGAGUCUUUUUUAUAUUCACUGUUUUUGUAAUUUAAAUAACAUGUAGAAUUCAAUUCUUUUAAAUUCAUUGUUUCGUGAUUAUUAAAAGUGACUUAUGGAUUGUUAUACAUAUUAUGUAUUGAUUAUGUCCAUGUGCAUACUAAGGCAUGCAGUACAAGUGUGGUGCUAUUUAAAGCUAUGGUGAGGAAUCAAGACCUAAAUGAAUGCAGGAGAUUUUGUCAAAAUUGAUCAUGCUAUAUAGUGCCUUUUUGUUCAGUAUCAUGGAUGUUUUUUUUAUUCCAAUCUGAAAAAUCAUUUAUAUUAAGCUCUUUUUUUUUUUUUUUUUUUUUUUUUUUUGCCUUCAUUUUCACAUAUUAAUCAUGUUGUAUUUAUUUGAUAAUAUUUGAGAAAUAUUGUAUAUUUUUACUAUGUUGAUAUUUUGUAAUGUAUUUGUUAACAACUGUGAUAAAUCAUUUUAAAAUAAAUGGUGUUAUAUUUAA